UUUUUGACAUUUCGAACCCAUUCUGAGCUUUCAUGAAGCUGUUGUAAAAUUUGUACUUGGAGCAUUACGGAAUUCAGUUUUAUUGCUAUUGUAUUACGUGUGUCCGCUUAUUUUAUAAUAUCAAUACUUGACAAUGCAGCGCCACUCAAAUCAACUUGAAGACUCAUUUACUAAGAGUGCACCCUUGUCAAAUCGACCUCUAAAAGGAAUUCUGAAAGAACAUCCCACUACUAAUUCUGACUUAGAAAUCAACUCACAUCUUGAAUCAACCCUUCACCAAACCGAAGUUCUCCAAGACGAUCAAUCUCGGCUUAGCUUCCGGAUAAAAUGCCAGCAGUUUCAAAGAAUCAGCGUUGAUAAUUUGGAACGCGAGGAAAGGAGCGGUUCGUACGGAACUUUUUCAAACAAGCGGUCCGAUACAUUAACUAGUGGUUCUACUUUAAAAUCUUGGAAAAGAGUUUCGAAACUUUUGGAGACCAGUACUGGAUCAAAUUCAAUUUCAAUGGAUUCCCAGGCCCCGAUUGUCAUUGAGGAAACAUUGUCCGAUGACUUGACUAUCAAAACCUUGACAGUUUCGAUGGACUCGAACGAGACGCUUUCGGAGAACCAUGACUCGCUUCUCGUGCCGGGUACGUCUCGGACGCCGACUGUUUUUGAGAGCUCGAGUGGAACGAAUGACACAAGCGGGUGGUUCCAAAGUGUGAACACUAAUUUGGAGUCGACCACAAGGACCAGUUACAGCACACCAGAGCCAAUGAGAAUCCGUCCCGUCGACUUGGACUUUGCAGAUGGUGAGAAUGGGGGACGGAUGACUAGAACUGACACUGGCUCUUUCAGAAGUGUGGAUGACUCAUCGUCGGUGGUCACAACUCAGCCUUCGUCCAGCAGCAUGAGUGAUCUUGUCACGCCUGAUGUAGGCACCUACCCGGAGAUGCGCAGUCAGAUAGAAGAGGUGAUGAGGAUUAAAGAGAAGAGAUACCUGGACAACAUCUUCUUCGGGGCGGAGGAGAUAGUGGUGACUGAGAGGAACUACAAGAGGAAGAUCAGCAUACUCGGAAGCGAACUCAAGCAGGCCAGCAUCACCAAUAGCACCAUUGCACCAUACUUCCAAAAGGGAUCCCAUGGCAUUGAUGCCCUGCAGACCAUUGUGAGCUCCUUCUGUCAGAUGGAAAAGAUCAGCGAGCAGGUGCUGCUUGAGAUCAACUGGGACCCCGCGGCCGGUCAGAUUAAAGUGGGGGCUGCUCUGGCCAAGGUGGCCAAAUUCCUGACUGUCUACAACUUCUACGUCACCAAACACGACGAACUUUCCGCUGGGUUAAUGCACGGCAUUGAGAAACACGCCAAAUUGCGGGAGUUCUUCGAGACUUACAUCGGUGGCUCCCUCUUCUACGGAAUCAAGUCGAUAAUGAUGGAGCCAGUGCAGAGAAUCUUGAGGUACAAAUUGCUUCUCAGUGUCUACAAGCAACACCAGGACAAGUAUUUCAAGGUGACUAAAAGGCAGUACCCGGACUACGAGGACACUCUGAGGGCGCUAGAGGAGACUCGCAUGGUGGCCGAGGAGGCGGACCAGGCCAUCUGGGAACAGAAGAAACAGAAGGAGAUGGACGAACUGGUCCAGAAGGUAGCCGGCAUUGAACUCAAGGAGCUGGUUACUCCGGACAGACGUCUUGUGAAGCAAGAACUGCUGGUGAAGUCCAAUCGCAAUGGAUACGAGGACAGACACUUCGUCCUCUUCUCAGAUGUGCUGAUGUACUUCAUAAUUCUGUCUGAGAACAGUAGCUACCUGUUCAAGCAGAAGAUGGACUUGACCUACAUGUCAGUGGAGACACACAAGAACAGAGAAGACAGGGAGUUGAUCAUUCGGUCCAAAGACCGAUCGGUCACUGUGAUAUGCAAGGACACAGACCAACAGACUGAGUGGUACGAGUCCAUCGAGACAACAGUCAAAGCACACCGCGAGAGGCUGUACUCUAUUGGCAAGUUGGCCCAAGGGGUGUCUUCCCUCGGACAUACUGCCCCCGUGUGGAUCAGAGAUGACACAGUGUCGGCUUGUCAGAUCCCAGGCUGUGUCCGGAAGUUCUCCGCUUUCAACAGGUACCACCAUUGUCGUGCCUGUGGGAAGGCGAUCUGCUCCCAGUGCAGUGAGGUGGCAUUUGUCCCCUACAAGGACAGAAGGGACAGAGUAUGCAUCAUCUGCUUCGAUGCUCUGGAGCCAGAGGCAGCCACCAGGGAGGGCAGGUCCAAGAAGUACAAGAGGUACCUCAAGGAGGGUGACAUUUAUGCCCUCCAAGGCAACGCCGAUUCCCACGAUGUUUGCGGGGUCCUGGAAGCACUUCGGGAAGGAACCUGGAAGACUUCGUACUACGCCGUGAACGAAUGUGUACUCUACGAAUACAUCCAGAAAAACGACAUCCGGGCUAUUUCUACCCAGCCGUUAAUCAGCUGGCGAGUCCGAAAACUGACUCAAGACGUGAACCACAGACCGGCUGAAUUUUGCUUCAAACUGGAACACGAGAAUAUUCCGGACAUUGUUUUCAGAGCCAACAGUAAAAACGACAGAGAUAACUGGGUUUCAGUUUUGAAGAAACAUGUUAUGGGAGAGCCUUUGAGGAUUUUGCGCAAUGAUUGAAGUCCAAAAAAAUAGAAAUUGCUUGCUUGAGGAAAAAAAACCUCUAUUAAACAAGGCAAGAUGAUGUCUUAACAACUUGAUAAAUUCUAAACUGUGUAAAUGUAGUUUGUGUCUCAAUUAGAUACUUUUUUCUUGAA